AUGUCGCAACACAGCAGCAGCCUCAGCCUGCCCAGCGUGCCUGAGCCGCCCCCGCCCGGGGCAGCCAACAAGGCCGGCUGGCAAAAGUGGGUUGUUUUCCCGGUCCUGGUAGCCACCAUGUGCGUCUUCGGGGGCUACUCCGUCAUUGCGAAGGUGGCCCUGGAGAAGGACACCGAUGCCGUGGUGAUGGCCGUCCUGCGGGACUUCUUCGCGGUGCCCCUGCUCCUGCUUGCCGGGUGGCUGAUGGAGUCCCGUCCCCGGCACCAGCGCUGGCGUCGGGCCGUGGAGCUGGUCCAGCGGGCCUGGGCUCCAGAUCAGCCGGUCUUGGACCUGUCGAUCCCGGUCAACGAGGCUGACAUCCGAUCGUACGGCGGCCUGCGGGGCAGCCAUUCCAACAGCCACGCCCCCGGUGCCCACAAUGGGGCCAGCAUCAAUGGCGGCGCGGCCGGAAGCUCGACCGAUGGCCCGGGCCCCGGUCGAAUGCACCUGCCCUCGGUUGACCACGACCUGGACAUGCUGGACCACCGGCUCUUCAAGUGCAGCGGCGUUUGCGAGAUGCUCAGUCAGACGUCCGGCGCCUCGGGCGGCAGCUCGCCCGGCAGCCCGGGCCCCCCGGCCCGGGGGGGCUACUCGCCGGCCAUGCCCAAGUCCAGCGGCCGGGCCAGCCCCGGGGCUUCGGCCAUUCGGCGCCAGCCCCCGGCCGGCAUCCCCACCCAGUGGCCACUCCCCGACCGGGAGAGCAUCUUCGGCCUGCUCCUGCUGGGCGGCUGCCUGGUGCUCAACCAACUGUGCUAUGCCUUGGCCCUGGCCCGGGUGUCGGCCGUGCAUGUGGCCGCCCUUCAGCCAGCGGUGCCGGUCAUCACCAUGGCCAUCGCCUGUAGCAUUGGCGCCGAGCGAGCCCGCUCGUGGAUGGGCUGGGCCUUGCGCUUUGCCGGCACCGCGUGCGCCGCGGCCGGGGCCCUGCUGGUGGCCCUCGGGCCGCUCAUCAUCCCGGACUCGGGCGACACCAUCCCCGGCGAGGGGGACAUCGACUUCCCGACCGAGGAUUUCCCCUCCUGGGAGGAAAGCAGCCUCGGUGGGGGUAGCUCGGCCGACGGGACGCCCGGCGGUGAUGGAGGCUUCGAUGGGCCGGACUCCGGCUCCGGGCCCAUUGGCCGCAUCAUUCGCAAUGCCACCGAGCAAACGCUCGAGUGGCUGCGCGGCAUGUCGGCCCGGCCUGACUCGGCGGCGCGCACCCUGCGUUCGCACUUGGCCCGGUCCGGCCUGGUCUCGGUCGCCAGCCUGGAUCGCGAACUCGACCCGGCCCCGAUGCGGCCCUUCACCGAGACCACCUACGAUCUGGUGCUCGGGAGCAUCUUCCUGCUGGUCAACACCACGGCCAUGUCCCUGUAUGCAUUGUACCUGGCCGGCUUCAUGAAGAGUCGCCCGAUGCGCCGGGCCCAAGUGACCCGGCGGGUGGAGGAGGAAAUGGCCCUGACCGCGGCCGGUCCAGCGGCCGGGGCACCUGGCAGCCGGUAUCCCUCCGGCGCUCGGCGCCAUUCGAUCAUCGACCUCAAUGCCGUCGGCACGUCGAUCACCAUUCGCCCGGUGGGCAUCGAGCUGCCAGGUGCCCCGGCGCCCGGGUCCGAUCAGGCCCCGGCGCCCGGGUCCCCGGUGGCGAUCGGCAGCCCGCGCAUGCACAUCCAGGUGUCCGGCUCGGCCCCGGCCAGCUACUUGGACCUGGAUGCCGUGGUGGGCAUCCCCCCACCGCCGGCGACAUCGGCCUACCACCCGGCGGCCAGUCCCUCGGGCCUCAAUGGGCUUGCCGUGAGCAUCAAUGCUCCCGGCGGCACUGGCACCGGCACCGGCACCGGCACCGGGCGCACAGGGACCGGCCUCUCGCCGGCCCUGCCCCCGAACUACUCCCCGGCCGGGUCUUUCGGCUUUGCCCGGCACUCGCCGUACCACCAUGGACACGGCGGGCACCAGGCCGCCGGUCGGACCACUUGCAGUUGCUUCCUGCUGAAUGUCGUUGAGCCGGGCCUUUGCCAGGCCCUGCGCGAGGACAUCGAUGCCGGCCCGGCGCCGAUCAUCACCACCGCCUGGGCGUACGGCUUCGCCACGCUGCUCAUGUGCAUUGCGCUGCUUGGCUGCCCGCCCGGACUUGGGGACUAUUGCACCUCGGUCCGUUGGGCCAUUCCCACCGAGGCCUGGUAUGCCAUCCUCUAUGGGGCGGUCGGAUGCUCGGCCCUGGGAUUUGGCAUUGUAUCCUGGGCCUCGGGCAAGGGGGGCGUUUCGGCCGCCGGGGUGACCGCCUUCUGGCCCAUCCAGCCGGUGGCCUCGGCCGCCCUGUCGGCCCUGGUCUUGGGGUACAUUCUCCAGUGGACGGACAUCGUCGGGGCGGCUCUCGUGGCCGCCGGCACCCUGCUGGUCAGCUGGAUUCGCGCACGCGAGGAGGCCCAGGAGUCGGCGGCCGCCGCGGCAUCGGCGGCCAACCAGCGCCGGCUGUCGGUCACCGGCGCCGGGGCCAGCCUGUCCCCCACGUCGCAGUACAUGUGGAGUCGGCGGCGGAGCUCCACCGUCGGGCUAAGCCCACGCCCUGGGGGCGUGGGGUCUCCCAAUUCCCCAGGGUCCCUCUCUCGGCGGGACAGCAUCCAGGAGUACGAUGAGGACAACCCCUUGAUUAUGAACCAUCGCUCGGAGCUGUAGGGCCACGAGAGGCUCAAGGGCAGGAGCCUUCACCGACAGGCGAGCGAAUGAGCGGCCACGAGAGAGACCUAGCAGAGUGAAGGAGGGGCGAGGGCCAGGCCGACAGGCAGACGGACACAUGGUACCACGCGUAGGUGGCACUAUGUUCUGAGCGAGGCAAACGGGCGGCCGCCGGCCUGGCGGUAGUUUUGCCAGGACUUUCGCGCGUGUAUUUUCCCACGCCUGCCCUUUGUGCCACUUGCUGCUGCUUUUCCGGCGCACCUCAGCCCAAUGUACUACGAAUGAAUGCC